AUGGAGGUCUGUAAUGUUCGCUUGCAGUACAAUAUUCAUUACUACAUAACUUUAAAGAAUCGAUCUUUUUAAAUUUGUACUUCUUGAAGAACAAGUGGUUGUACAAGUUAUUUUCUGUUGGUUGCACUUUCUGGUAAAACCAUGCCUUUCUGAAUGCUACUAGGACGGUCAAGACUAUGUUAUUGUGGAGGAGGAACUUCUAGACUAUGCCAGAAAGGAGGAAGGCUGUGAAUCCGUGGGAACAGUGCUGGUCCUCUAUACGGGAGGCGCAAUUGGCAUGCAGUAUAGAGGUGGAGCAUAUGAGCCCGAGCCACAUUACCUUACGAACUACCUCACUCAAAUGCCUACUUUCAAUGACACCUCGUACGUUCUUGCUGGUUAUCCCCUGCUCUUUUUUCUCUUGCAACCACGCCAACACGGAAAGAAAGGAUUAGUGAUUUGUAUUUUCUUUAUUCUAAACCAGACGUUUUGUCUAGAUAGUAAAAAACACUGAUUAAGAAUGUGUAAACCCAAUCGAUGGUUGUUAUUCGAAGUAUCCAAAAAGUCAUUUGCAUGCCUCUACUUUGCUAUAAAAUAGUGGUCCAUAGGUGUUAUGCAGACUUCAAAAAAUUAACUUUGCUCCUUGGUUUGGAUGCAGGCGCUUGUGGCAAGACAGCAGAAUCGAGGAUAUCGGUCAGGCUUAUUGAUGCUUUUCGUUGAAACUGUGUGUAAAGAACAAAUUCUGCACCUUUGUCUCUGUUACUACUGUUGCUGUUCGACAACUCAAGACAGGAGCACUUUUGCUAUCAAAUUGUCUAGUGUAUGAUUGCUGAAAUACUUUCUGCGUCAGAAAUAAUUAUGAUUUGUAAAUCUUAUUCGUCCACCAUUAUUUUCUGAAAUCUCUCAGCUUUUGCCGCCAAAAGCGCGAGGAAUUGAACGGGACCUCGACAUCCAAGGAAAAAUCCAGACCCCAACUACCAACCAGUAGGCCUUCGACUGCUUCAGUCACGCUCGCUUUACCUCUAACUGCGAGGAGGCGUCGAAUUCUUUAUCGAGUGGUCGAAUAUGAGGAGUUGCUUGAUUCUUCCAACUGUGUCAUGGAUCACUGGAUCAGUCUAGCAAAAGAUAUUGAGAAGUGGUACGAUAAUUUUACCGGUUUCGUUAUCCUUCACGGUACCGACACUUUGCCCUUCGCCGCCUCUGCCUUGUCGUUUAUUUUCGAGAACUUGGAAAAGCCUGUUGUACUCACUGGCUCGGAGCUUCCAAUAACACAACUCUGCAGUGAUGGACAGCACAACCUGCUUGGGGCCCUCCUGUUUGCUGGUGCUGAGUACGGCAUCCCCGAAGUCACCGUGUACUCGCAAAAGAAGGUAAUUUCUGACCUAUAGGCAUGGAGGAGUAGAAGUCAGUUCUAAUUACGCCUGUUCGCAUUAAGAUCCGAGUUUGCUGGUUGCUGAUGAAUUCACGUAAAAUAACUUAGGCUAGGAUCCUCAGGAACGCGAAGUUAAAGAGACAAAAUAUCGAGAUUAAUAAAAGACAGCGACAGAUAGUCAUCAGCAGUACCAAUAUGGCAGUACACCACCUGCACCAGCAACUGCUACAAAGUCCGAUAACUGCGUCGAAACACUGGUAUUAUGAAUUGAUAUAACAUUAUUUUUUAUCCAUUGCUGAUUGACCCGGUAUCCGCCAAAGAUGCUGGGCUGAUAAUUAGAGAGAUUCGACUGCACCAUGCUGUCGAACCGUUAUGAUCAUAUUAAUUUCUACCCCGCAACUAAUUCUGGGGGUGUUGACUCUCAUUACUGUUUGAAAAAAGUAGAUAAGAAGAAACUGGUUUGUUUAGAAGGCAAAUCGUAUUGCUUAUUGCUUGCUAGAGUGGGCGUGAAGUUCUGUCGAGCCCCUGAAAUUGUGUCUGGUUGGUUCGAUGACAGUAGUGGCUCGACCCCGUAGACUUUUUAACUCCUGAGCCAGACCGUAGCCUUAAGCUGCAGAGAUGCUGUAGUUGAAUCACUUUUCAGAUGUCGGCACAUUUCACGGGGAAGACAUGUGACAUAAUAGGCGUCUUUCAGUCAGCCGUAGACUUUUCGACGUCAUCAGCCCCAGUCAGUCUCAUUCAUAUCGCAAAACACAGACGAACAGCACUGCGCUUUCCGGCUGGGUUGGCGCAUGUACCUAUUUGCCCUCAGAUGUGCGGUGCGGUAAGUAGGUGUGUCGGUUUUGGGUGAAAAAUGCGCGGCCUCCCUUAUUACCCGGCGAAGCAAGGUCUACUAAAGUAGACAUUGACCUGGCUAAGUACCUAUGAUGGUGUUCUAUUUACAGUCUGUUACCAGACGGCAAACUGCACAGUCUGGAGGUAAUGAAGUCUCACAGCUACCUAUCCACUUAGUAAGCCAGUGCCAGAACGAGUGUAUUCUAUCUGUUGUCGCAUUCGCCGCAGAGGGUUAGGCCACAAUUUUUUUUAAGUUACGUAGAAGUUAGAUGCGUCACAUAGGCCCAUAGUUGUGCACAUUCUUGAUAUUUCUACAAACUUCACGACUGUCCUCGAGUACUCAAUGACGCCAAAGGCUGUUCAUAUGGUGACAAUAGACUUCAUAUAUCGGGCUAGGGACUGCGCCAAAUCCAAAACCAUGUCGAUUGAAUACUCAUUAGAGUACAUUACAGUGCCUUACUUCCAGACUGCGAACUCCCACGCUAUGAUUAAUCUGCCAGCAGCUGCGCGGAUGCGUUAAUGGGCGGUCGCGGUUCAGCUAGAUUCUAACCGAUAUUCAGGUGAUUUUGUGGCCGACGCAAAAAAAGGACACUUAAAAAACCUCCUGUGUAAGAACCAACUGUCUCGGCAUACUGCAAAUUUCGUAAAAGCACCUCCUCAACAAGUUCCAUCGUGAUGACUGAAGACCUAACAAACCAUCCAACUGUUUGCCUUUGCUGCAGCUCUGAUUCUGAGCGCUUACAUUGUGAGACAUUGACAUUGUACGUUAGGAUUGCAAGGAUUUCUGAAGAAAACGUUGCUUGUUUUUUCGAAGGCUUUUCAUGGGAUAACGAAGUGACGGGUCUGCAUCAUAUUUUCAAGAGGAGUCAAACCGAUAAUCACUACACUUACCACCUUAGAAUAGGGGAUGCUCAAUCCCAGCUUUAUCCAAGGAGUAAACCUCCAAUUGGAGGUACAUUAGGUACAGAUUCCGAGCCUGACGAAUGAUGCAAAAAGUCCUUGUAUACUAGCAGAAGUUAUAAAAUAAAGUGGCUGAUGGAAAGCGAAAGGUGCUGCUGAAAUGCAUUAUCUAGUCAGCUUUAUGGCUUCUUCAUCGGCAUUUUGGAACAACGGCCGCAUCACCGAGAUAUGCAUGUCUAAUUGUUGUGCUGAUGUUUCGGAAAUCUGAAAAAUAGUUUGCAGGAACUUUUAUGACACCAACCCUCGUGGCCUUCCUUCUGUUAGCGGUUGUGCGGAUGCCCAAGCCGAUUUGUCACUCCCGCUCACAACCUCAGCAACGCACAAUAAGUUGUCUUUUGAUUGACUGAGUCUCAAUUUGGAUGGCAUCUAGGCCAUCAAAACUGCCCCAGUUUAUCAGGCAGAUAGAGAUCAUCGUAGACAUUUUACCGUUAAGAUUCCAGACCUUCUGGAUGGUCACAAGGACCAGGGGGGUUUCUAUGGUGUGCUUUUAGGUGUCUGGUGUGGCCAUUUUUGUCAGAACUGUAAUGCUAAACGACGACUAGGACCCUUAAAAACGCUUCCAGAGAACAUUCUGCGGGAACGGCAAAUACUAUUACAGACCUUGGCAAUUCUGAUGACAUUGAAAUGAAAGAGAGAUUCUUUGUAAACUAACAGGCAACAAAGAAAUGCCACCAAUCUCCUCAAAAGUAAGGAUCACUGACGCGCGCAGCGCACGUGGACACAUCUUCCCCUCAUGUUAGGCUGUGGUCCUCCUAAACUAACUGAGAAAGUUCGCUUGUCUGUACAAAAGACUAGGUCUACUAUGCAGAAAAGCUAGGCGCACUCUGACCUCCAUCCGAUAUCAAAGAAAAGACAGAACGGUAUAUAGUUAGACCUCCAUUAAGACCAUGUUUUUAUCGGAUAGGAGACACGUAUCGUGCAUUCAGGAACUGUCUCUUGUCGGUGGUCAGUUGUUUGACAUUCGUUUACAGUCCUCGUUCCCGUACCGUUGGUCGUAUCUGCAACAGUCGUUUGUGUGCUCAGCCUGCUCACAGCCUAUAUGCUAUGCUUCCCUCACCCACUUGCUCAGCUUACUAGAUUGUGGAUUUAAAGGCCAUUCCUUUACGACGCCAAUUUCACCGAGCCUGGAGGUGGUGUCAGAAAUGCCAACUGAGGGUAUGCAGGGCUGCGAAAAAUAGAGAUUUGUAACGCUCUUGUAGUUUACUUCAGUGAAAGUAAUAACUUACAGUGUGUUUAAUUGAAAGUCGAGACUAAUCGAAUGCAUCAUAUUCGGUUGAACCAUAAAAGUAGGCCAAAAUGCGGACUUAUGCAGUCAAGUUUCCCCAUUGGAUCUUGCGUGUUUUUUUUCAAAAAUGAACAUGUUGCAGGUCAAAUGUAAACUUCUAUGAUGUUUUUCUCUAUCUAAAUGAAUUUUUUCUGAUCUUCAUUGAGAGUUAGAGUUUCUAGAAGCUCCACAAGAUAGGAGAACUCGCCUAAAAACUCUCGAUGCUAUAUGCAGAAAAAGAGGGAUGACAAAGACAGGGGGCUGGGAUGACAGUUUCCGGCUUGUCAGUCGUCGUCAGCCGGCCAUACCCAAACACAUGCAUGAAGCGCCUGGGAUUCGAACCCGAGUCGAAUGCUCUGAUAAUUGAGCUACGGGCCUGUUGUCCACUAAUUUUAACCUAACUAACAUAUAUAGUCAAGGUAAACAUGUUUGAAAAAUCGUUUUCACAAAUCCACCUAAAUACAGGAAAUAGGUCGCAAGCUCCAAAAUUUUCGCACAAACGUACUUAGGUGCCCAACGUGGAAACGAUAUAUUUGCCGUUAUUUCGUAGUUAUUUUGAUAUUUUCUUCUACUUUUGGCAUUUUAAUCUUAGUCCUUCGUUCCGAUAUUUCCUUUUUUGAUGAUUUUCACUAUCUAAUCUGCCAGAAAGCCAUUAGUAUCGGUUUGUUUCAAGCUCUUUACCACCGAAAAGUAAGUGUAUUGCUUAUCAAUGGGCAAGCUUGUCUCUUUCACUUUUCCAUCUCCAUUUGCUCGUUUCACCCAGCUCCUUCGUGGAAACCGAACAGUGAAAAGUUCCGCAACAGAUGUGGACAUGUUUGUUUCUCCCAACUGUCCCCCUCUGGCAGAGAGUCGUGAGGACAUUAAGAUCUACUAUGAUCGAAUUUGGAAGUCAAAUGACAAGAAGCGCAAACUGCGAGUGAAUCCAGAUCUCUGUCCAAAUGUUGCCAUUCUCCGGCUCUUUCCCUCCAUGUCGGCGGAGACUAUGAGAGCUUUCUUCCAACCUCCCAUAGAAGGUGAGAAAACUCGUACUUGGAUUUGGUUUUCGUUGAGAUUUCCGGCACCGUUGUCUUUCCGAAAAUCAUGAUAUAGUGAACAAAUUUGAUAUUUAGGCCAGAUACAUGGUGGAGAUAAAAGCUCUGACUAAGGUGGCCAAAUAAGGUCGUUUUUGUCACCUAAUUUUUGUUAAAACUCGAGAAUACACCUCAGUUGGGAGGUUAAAGCGUUCAAUUUCAGUGGUCUAUAAGUCAUGGUGUAAAAAAAUCCAUUCACACGGAGAGAAUUCGUCUCCACUAUAAGGGAACGGAGAGGAUAAAGUUCUGCUAAACUAGCCCCUUUAGCAACAUAGGGUUAUGAAGAAAGUAGACGGUUCCAAAAAAGUUAAGGAUGAAUUGUAGUAAUUCGGAUACUAGAACUUAACAGAAAAACGAAGAGGCAUACAGUACGUGACCUAUAUCAUGAAAUCUGGUGACAAAAAUUGACCGUGAAGAAGGUUACUUACAAAGAGACUUGAAAUAUAUCAAUGGAGACUGGUAAGCAGAUAUGGGGAGAACUGUGACAUCCCGGAUAAAACAACCUCAUUUCCAGUAAAUCUAAAUGAGACGGAUGUUAUAAGUACGAUUGUCGCAAACAACGAUAUCCACCGUGUGUCCCACGGCAUGGCGGGCGCCGGGACGGUACUUGUCGAAUUAAUUAGCUUAUGUUGAUAACAGAUCUGCGCAGCAUUUACCGCACUUUCUUCUCCAUCACCUUCCUGGGUCCAGCAUCAAGAUGGAGUCAUAAAGCCCGGAGACGGGAUCAAGCGCAGUAGCUGACAAAACUAAACAGCCCGUGUACACAUGUCACACACGCCUGGUCCAUGCACGAUGGACGAUUUUAGAGUCAAGAAAUGUGCUGUACAGCCUUUGAAACCCAGUCCGUAAAAUCGACCUCACUCACUUUUCCCUCCCCAAGUCGCCAAACCACGGUUCGGACGAGUCGGUCAUCUGGUAAAGAGAUUUGGCCCAAGUGGACGGCGUGGCGCGAGCCUAUGCCUAGGUGUAUCACCACACUCUCACCCAUUUGUGGCAUUUGUUAUGGUUGUGCAGCUCGGAUGACCCGUGCAGUGCCCUAUUCUGACAACUGUGUUGGUUCAGCACAUCUCCCGCGUAGCACUUUGAAGGAGCUCUUAAACGUGCCUGUUCCGCCCUGAACAAACAACUCAGCAUGCUUGCUGACUGUUCAAAAGUGCAGUCAAAGAGUGGUAUAUACCAUGACCAAGAAGAUGGACCAGCAACAUAACAUAGAAAAUGAAACCAUGUGAGAUUCUCAUCUAAGUAUAUAUCCUGAUAAAACUUAGGUAGAAAUGACCGUUUCGAUUUCUCUGGUCUUUGUCAGUUGGCAAAUCUCGCUUAUGAUUGCUCCUUCACAACUAGAAUGCCUGACUGUUCCUGGUCUAAUCAGAAGUAUGUUUUUACAAAGCCCUAGCCUUCGGAUCCAAAUUAUGUACUAUGAAGCCCAAGGUAAUGAUUUGAAGUAUGGGACACAUAUGCCUAAUAUGUACAUUGACGGAGAUAAAAAAAGGACUCGAGUUACUACUUCUUGUCGCUUAGCCGUCGCCACCAGCCACUACCUAGUCGUUCUUUCUUCGAAGGCAGGGUAACUCAGUGAACGCCACUUUUACCCGACUCUGAGCACCCCUAAUCGCAGGUGAUAGAGCGUGGGCUUGUGCCACAGGUAGCAGAUCACAUAGAGUAAUGACCUCUUGGACCCUAUUCGAUCCUUGACGUUUCCUGGUUAAGAACUAAGGAUAGCUGGCUGGUGACGCAGAAUAAGACUGAAAUAACCAUCUCCGUCUCUCCCGUCUGUGCUAAUAUCUCUCAAUUGCUGAUCGUCCAUCGCCUCGUGAGCGUCUCCACAGACCCUGCACAGUGUCAUCAGAGCAGAAUGGGACGUUCGUGUUCCCCACUGUAAUAAGAAUAGCUAAGCGAAAGUCACUUUCUUGUGAAUUUCUUUAAGACCUCCGUCAUCUAUUAAUAGCCGAAGACUGGACUUGCACAUUUACCCCUCUUAGGUAACUAUUUCUAUAUGCGUUACGGUCAGUAUAAUGUAUUAUAAGUUCGGGAUAAUUUAUUUAUCAAGGACAUAAAGGUUGAGAAUUUCCUCUCCAACAAAAAUCAAUUCAUCCUUCAUCCUACUUUACAGGCGUGAUUCUCCAGACCUACGGUGCGGGGAAUGUACCGUCAAACAACGAAGAACUACUUGAAAUCCUACGAGAAGCCAGUCUGGAUCGAAAAAUCCUCAUUCUUAAUACUACUCAAUGCUGGAGAGGAACGGUAGCUGGUGUUUAUGCUACAGGAGCCAUUCUCAACACAAUUGGUGCAGUAUCUGGCUGCGUAUGUGCCUCUGCUCAUACUGUGCUUUUAAACACCCUUGAAUACUCUAGUAACCAUGGCCCAACAUACGUUUGCCUCUACACCACACCAUUCAUUGGGUCUCAUUUCGUACAAUCUGACAUCGCACUCGAUGACUUGGUGCGCUUGGCGAUCGCUAAAAACACGAGGUUGUCCCCGACUGCCAGACAAGAAAGUGCUCAUUACGCCAAAAAAGGCCUCGAGAGUGACAAGAGCACUGUGCUUAGGAAAUGCGAUGCGAUCGCUUUCAGCUUCGCGUAUCAUUAAAACAUUUUAGGGGAUUUUGUUUAGGAAGUAACUUCUGAAGCAAUUCAUAUUUUAUGUAGACGGCACUCACUGCCUAGUAAUAAGCACUAAUUAGGGUAAUCAACAAACGGCGACAAAAAUGACACAUUAUUACAUUUUCGGUGUCAUUAUAAACGCAAACACAUUUUAAAGACAAUUUUUACAAAAUAUCCUCGUUUGUGCGUCCAUUUUGUAGCAAAUCGCGUCUUCAGCAGUGUUUUUUGUCAGAAGAAAGGGUGUCUUUUGGCUUUAAAAAGUUCCUAAUUAUGGGAUUUUUUUUCGACCGUAAGACGCCCAUUGAAAUAGCAUCAUACCUGUUUGUUUGGCAAUACUCCCCAUUAAAAGUAUAACACAGUACACAUCCGUUGCACCAUUUCAUGACUUUCAUAUGGUUUCAUCUUAAUGGCUUAGAGGAAUAUAUGUCUUGUUCUUAUGCAAAAAGCCUACAGCUUGUUGAAUGAAAACCCUGAACGCACCUGCAACGGUUGAUCGAGCCCGAAAUUACUCAGGAGUUAAAGAUCUCUUUAAACUAAAAGACGCCCUUUCUUCCGAUAUAAAAUUUGCGGAAGGCAUGAUGCGCUAUCUAAAUAAAUACAAGAUAGGACAUUCUAUGCAUUUUUUCUACAAAAUAUAUUUUUGUUUAUAAGGGCAUCAAAAAGCAAUAAAAAAUGCAUACUAAGCAAAUAGUCUUUUUUUACCGAGUGCGAUUUUUAGGCAAACGAAAAGAAGUCUGUUCGAAAGCCAACACCAGGCGUGUCUGAAAUAUCAUGAGAUUAUUCCCCAGAAAACACUUUUACAACCCCACUUAAGUCAUCCUUUCUCAACGAAAACGCAUUUUAGAGUAUCAGUUGACGAUUCAUGGGAUCGGUUACCGACUGUAAAUUAAAGAACAAACUCCUGGGCGUUUCGCUCUGCUGAGAAAACGAGAAAAGCUUCUAAAAGUCCACUAUGGGAGAAUUCUGUUUUCCGACUAUGCAUUUUUCUCUUUGUAUUUAAUGGAUACUAGUCGUUUAAUAAGCAAUUUUCGGGGUAACAACAUCCAGAAAAUACCAUCGGCACCGCAAGGUCCGGCUCAAAUUGUAGUUGUUAUUAUCUCCAUUUCACAAUUUAAGAUGUUAAGUGGAUGGACUACAGUUUCCAUUUAACUAUUUUUACAUUUUGUAACGAACCAUACUAGAUGUCGUAAUGCUAUUUUUCUGGAUCCGUCUAACCAGUGAAGACUAUUUAGACCGUCAGGACUGAAACAUGGAAAGUCAGAGAAUAAUUGCGUUGUAGCAAUUUAUGCGAUUCAACUGGGAGUACAGAAAGUGAUUCUAAGGAUAAGAGGGUCGUAUCCUCUUGGAAGAAUUCGAAGUAAGAUAACAAUAUCUUCAGCUUAUUCACUUGUUUGUUGGAUGCUCCAAAAUCCAGCAGACACGCUAGAAUUGAAGCUUUAGUGAUCUGAGCUCCAAGUGCACUUCUAGAAAAUGACGGAAUGAUCUGAAACAACAGGUACAGACGUAAUGUGUGUUUUUGACAGACCUACGUAUUUCCUUUGGUCAGAUUUUAAAAACCUAGCAUCCUCGGUGGAUUCUAGGUUGAUGGUGCUUGGGCAGUCAGUUUACUGCAUUAGAAUUUGUAGAUCUCACACGUUACACUAGCCUAGCCUGGUAACAUGCCUCAAAUACAAUUAAACGCGGUCCUCGUAGUUCAGACGGUUAUAGCGUUGGCUGUAUUCGAGCUUUGCACUUGCUUUCGUUGAUUGGAAUCCUACCGAGGCUAUUGUGUUCUUCACAAUUUGGUCAAAUGAAUUACAGAAUUGUGUUUGUACGCGCAGACUGUCAGUUUGCUGGUCCAAUGCGCUUGCCCGCAACAUCAUGAACCUGAUUAUUCAGGAAUAGCAACUAAGUCAUAUCGGUAUAAUUCCUCACAGCCACCCAAUCUUCCCACAGUCCUCGUGAAACGUGGCUUGGUUUAAGACUGGUUUUAAUGUUUAAGGUAAAGUGAUUGGCUUAUGAUUGCGACAGAAUUAGCUUUAAGCUUGUCUGCUUUGACCUCACAACGGACGGUAUACAAUUAAUGUUGCAUUCCUAACACAAGUUAUUAGGUAGACGCUAAUCCUCCCGGCCUUACCGGAUGUAAGUAUUCUGUUUUUGUCUGCUCUGGGUGGUUACAAGGUGAAUAAAUGUAGGUAAUGCGUUGUUUCAUGUCUGCGAAAUAUAUCCACCUAAAACAUCACAGCGUGUGAAUAGAAUGCCCACUGGAGCAAUGACCAAAGUGAUACCUCGGCUUGAAUCGUAUUAAACCCUUCGGAGUACAUUAGGUUUUGAAUUGUGCAAUUGAUCCUUUCUCAGUCCUAGUCGGAAUCCUCGAAGGACACUGCCUAUUAAAAUGUCUAGGUUCUAGUGUUCAGGUGCCCAGAUCUCCGGGAGGAGGGUUGUAAUUUGCUUAGAACUCAGGCACUUUGUGUUCUGUUGCUUGUUUUGAGAACUAAAUCACACACCAUCCAUUCUAACAGGAUAUGACGCCUGACGCAGCCCUCAUGAAGAUGGCCUAUGUGCUGGCUAAAUGGAAGGAUCCCGCCACGCGUCGGCGCAUGCUGGCGCACAGUCUUCGUGGUGAGAUGACAGAACCCAUAUUAGAGACCAGAGUGGGUCUGAAGUCCAUCAGUGCCUCGCCCUGCGCGAUAGCCAAUGUCUCACUGGAGCACACCCGCGGCCUAGGUGAACUCCUUUCCAAUGUUUAUGCCAACGGGCUCGCUCCCCAAUGGGCUCAAAAGUUAUUCCCUGCUCUCAUGUGUGCGGCAGCAGAGACCGACGACACGGAGACCCUCGAGCAGCUCUUUCGAAUAGCCGGCCAUUUUGAGGUAAGUGUGUGGGUGGCGGACAGUGUACCAGCUCUCGUUCCACAGUGCCUGGGGCUGACAGCCUCCGCCACGUCUCAGAUGCACGGUAUCACCCGUUAUAAGAUUGGCCAAUUUCGAAUUUUCCAUAGUUCCUCAUCCGUUAGUAGUCUUGGCACUUUUUCGCCUACAGACUACUGUUUGCUCUUCAACAAAUGUUACCUGUACGUACGAAUUGAUGCAAACUAUGGAGGCUGGCAGGAAAAGAGAUUUCAAGGAAAUUAUAAUUUUUCCUGUGGGGACGAGUGACUUUGUCCCGGAGGCCUAGACAGAAAGGGAAUUAGUUCGUAGUUGAGUUGUCAAACCCUAAACGAUUGGCCGUGGUUCAGCGUUAAAGCUGUCAGCUUUUCCACACGCUUGCUAGAUGUCCUUUUAAUUGAGAAACAUCACCGACAAAGGCAUGGUAAACUCGGAGAAACAAUGCUGAUUCCUACUCAAACGUUAUCCAUCUAAAGUCCAGCCUUAAGCGGGAAAGAUACAAGACUUGAAGGCAGAUUCAACUGAUUGUCCAGCUUUGCCCUCUGUCUGCUGAGUAACAGAAGAGUGGAUUCCGGUUUAUCGGUCACAAUAAUCUAUCAAGGUAUAAUUCCUGUUGCCGUCACCUCUAAAAUCUUCCAAAGACAGGGGUUUACAAGAGGUCGGACAACCACUGCUUUCGAAAUGCGGGUACAGGUAUGUCUGUUUUCUGCCCCUCCUAUUGAUAUCACUACAUGAUGCUUGAAUCCGAUGGAGGAGGAUUCUGGCACAACUGUAUUUAUGGUCAACGGGAGGAUCGCUUUUUACCGGUAAAAUAUCUCUAGUAAUCGCUUCUCCACAUUAGAACGUUGACCCCGUUUUUUGUUUGCCAUCUUCCUAACUCAUGCAAAAUAGGGGACAAAUUAUUGUUGACUCCUUCUUCCGGUAUAUGGCGGAUACUGGAAAAAGUGGUGGUCAAAUGUGUCCUUGAGGCCUGCAAAAAGCUUGGUUUAUUUAAAACUAAUGAUGUAUCUGGCCUAAAACGCCUGUAGAGUUUUGAGCAGCUGGAGCGAUGAUGGGCAGCCACAGUGGGGGAAAUAGCACUUCUGCGACACCGCUGGCAGUGGUUACGCUUUGCGCCGCUAGCGUCGAUUCGGGUUGGUAGUCUUGACGGUGGGUCUGAAGAAGUCCGCUGAGUAUGAUACAUGUCCUAAACGUCCGUCGUAAUGCCCACAAUAAGGUAAUUUCUGGGUGUUUGCACCGUUAAUGCGUGGUCCGCCCAGAUCUACGAGUCUCCCACUUCGAUCUGACCCAUUCAUACGAUGGACUUCGUAGAAUGUCUGGCCAAAUUAUAUGGCGGUGCGCCAGGCCUGCCGAUGUCUAGACGGAUGCCCUUAGGUGUCUUGAUUUAUGUUUAAGUGCGUAAGUGAGGUCCCUAGCAUAACAUUUUAGUGACUCUUUUGUCACUGUCUGUGAGCACAUAUAAAGCCUCUAACGUAGAAUGGUCGAUCAGGCGGCCGUUUAUCAUCUAUCCUCAUGACGACGACGCUUCAUGACAGUUGCAUAUCCGUCAGCAAAGUUUGGAUACGGACGAUGACGAUCCCAUCUAAGACCCCGAUACCUGAGGUCUUUCCUACCAUCUUAACUUCAAUGUUCGCCGAAGGCAGUUAAGGAGAAAGUGGUUGGGUUUUCUUAGUUGGCUUUUGUGGACUGUUCAGGAUGACCGCCGCAUACGUCUUCAGUUUCGUGCUCAGGUGAGGGCCGUGACGCCUCCAAACUGAGUACUUCAGCUGACUGAACGCCACACCGGCUGUCUUUGGCCAUUCGGUUGACGAUUUCGUCAUCGGUCUUUAUGCUUCCUGAAAUUGGGCUCCGUAGGUGUGCCAAUCUAUUCACAGAUACGAUGUGAGUACGUUAGCAUUUAUGCUGAGUACGUUGUAGUCAUCAGAUGGGGCAGGCGGAUAAAAGGCAAUCUCCUCCAUGUUGACAGUCAGUCGGACGUUGGUGUAGCCGAGGGCAGAGAAGUCCAUGCUCUGUCGUAUUUUUGCUUCCACCGCGAAAGCCUUCGAAGCUGCCCCGUCGUCCGUGACGCACGCCACUAGCCCAUCGUCGAGCUGACGUUUCAUCUGCAUAAAACACUCCCGUCAGUCAACUUUCAGAAUGAUUAUCCGAACCUUACCAUUGUUGACUGUAAUGAAGGCUGUAUAUGGGGGUGAGUUAGAGCUUGGUUUUCAUUUCUUGACAUCAUUUGUAGCUGGUGGGCGGCAAAUCUCAUGCGGUUCUGCGGUUCCAUUAUGUUCUGCGGUUUCUUCGAAAUCUGAAUUGGCUUUCAGGUAGAGGUUCUUACUUCAAAUGAAAAUCAAAACAACUGAGUAUGGCGCGGACGAGAAUUUUGACUGCGAAGUUGAAGAAGAUGUCUUUGUGAUCAUUGCAUAGCUGCCCCUUCCCUUGCGAUUGUAUGGAUGGCGAAUGUAUAGGACCUUAAAAUCCUGGGGAGUUGACUCUACCUCCACAUUUCUCGUAGGAGUGAUGCGGGCUUGUUCACGGGUAAUUGGUCGCCGUAUUCGGAGAUUUCGGCUGGAAGGGAGUUGAUGCCCGGGGCUUUGCCGCUCAGCAUCUGGGGUACGGCUUUUAUCGUUUCUCACAGCGAGGGUGGACUCCAAUUGAUGACCUCGUCGGGUACGGCUAACUGAAACCGUCACAGAAGUGCUCAACCCAGAAUUUACUAUUUUUCUGUUAGGCGGAUUGUUCAGUCGGAACUGAGCAGCGACUAUAAAUGGCCUUGAUGGAUGAGGAAUUCUUCAUAAAGUUACAGUCUGAAUACCCUUGGAUUCCUUCAUUCCAGAGAAUCAUCUGAGCACAUUGCAUUUUCCUCUAUUGUUGCUGCAUCGGGAUUUGACAUCGGAAUAGUUCGUUUUUGGACGCGGUUCCAUGGUUGGUGCAGUUCAUGGGAAGCUUAAUCUUGAUGAACAGAUUAUAGAUUCUCUCGUCGUUGUCAAAUUACUCCGGGUGCUAACGGCGUGUGUAACUGAGAAACUUCAGAGUUGUGGGAUGGAUGAUGUUCGCAUUCCAAUCGGUUGCAUCUCAGUAGUUGCAUUUGCUUCCAGAGCUUGUAAAUGUUGUCGAAGGAGAUUAGAGAGACGGCUAGAAUGGAGUCAACAGUCAGCUGUUUCUAAAGACACAGUGUUUAACUUACCUGGUGUUCACUUAACUUGCGGACGCCUGUGAAAUUGCCUGUGUAGACUCGCCUUCGAGACGAUAUGACAGUGGUCGGUACCAUACAUCGUCUAGGUCACUAGCGCGUCACAAAGACCAUGUCUCCCACUGAGAACGUAGUCUUUCAGACGUCUGAAGUGCGUGCAAGUAUGGGCAACGACAGGCUGAAGGACUCCACCUAACUGUCUGUAGACUGUGGAUCGUGUCGUAUGGAAAUGGUGGUGCUCGGAGUUUUACGGGUAAGGCGGCACGCCAGAAGUAAGCUGGCGAAAUGUAACAAACCAUAGGCAUUGUUUGAGUUCCUGCCGAAAGUCUUAUCGUACGCGGUCGGAUGUGGUUUGGUGGCCCCACCUAAAGUAAACAAACCCCAGUCACCUCUAAUACGGGACCGGUGGUAAUAAGGGUUUUUACAGGUGGAGCCCAGGAGCGCACAGACGACGAGGUCAAGUAGUUGUAUGCAAAAGAAAAGCUAGUGGGAGUGCGUGGUUGUACAUUCAAUGGUUGAGAAAUAGUUGCGCUAACUCCUAACUAUAACCCCUUGUCCUAAACCCCAACCACUAACCCUAACCUUUAUCACUAACCCCAAACCCCUAGCCAUAACCCCUAACUAUAACCCCCUGUCCUAAACCCCAGCCGCUAACCCUAACCUUUAUCACUAACCCCUAACCUCUAACCAUGACCCGUUAGCCUAACUGCUAACCCCAACAGUAUUGUGUCCAUCAGAUUGGGCUACCAAACCACAUCUUACCUCUUACACUUUCGUCUGGCAACGGGAACGGGCGCGCCAGUUAAUAGAUAAAUAAAAAGAAAAGUUUCGGAAAAAUAACGAAAUUUGGGUAAUGACUAUAGGUCAUGGGAAGUAAUUGUUGUUGGCAGUGUAAUGUCUGCAACGGCCUAAAAAUGGAUACCAAGACAAAAACUCAUAUGACACGAUCCACGGUCUACCGAUAGUUAAGUGAGGUCCUUCACUCUACUAUUGCCCAAGGAUGCGUCCACGUUGUCCUCUUCCGGGUCGGAAGGCGGAAGAAGUUAUUGAUUAAGGGAAAGCUCCAUUCGCUAAGACUUGCGGGAGGAGAAGGUCAUUGAUAUAGCAACUGCCGAUCUGUGUCUAUGUUUGCAUUGAAGUUAUCAAGGACGACUAAUCUGUCCGUCCUUGACACAGUCGCUAGGAGGACAUGCAGGUCUUCGUAGACUUCGUCCACCACAUCUUCGUAGCUGGUCUUUGGAGGUGCGUAGGCGCCGAUGGCUGUCACAGAUUUGUUCCCGCGGAGCGGGGCGAGGACAGGAUCAUGAGACGGACGUUGAUAACCUGCGGUAAUCAGGGCAGUCGUCAGUCGAAGUGUGAUGGUCGACAACUCUAGGCCUCUUUAAUCAAAAGUCAUGAUAGGCAGAGUAAUUAGGCAAUCUUUUUUGACCCUAGAGACCGUUAGAGCGGUCCAGCAGACAGAGACAGCACGCUUUGUCACGUGCCGUGUGCCAGUCGCUUUAGGUUGUCAGCCUUGGCACGACGUUCAUGCUCCUGAAAGUCGUUCAACUGUGGCCAAUCGAAGCAGACAGGAACAUCGAUUGGCAUUAGAGUCUCAGCUAGCCAAAAACGGUCAAAGACGACUCCGGCAUCCCGUUGCCUUGUCUUUGGGCGUCCACUGCAGAAGAAGGUGCAACCAGUACCUAACCCCCCCCACUUGUCUUUGUUUGGAGAGUGGGGUCUCGCUGAGAACUAUGAUAUUCAUCUUGUAGCACCCCAGUCUUCGGAUAACCAGGGCUGUCCUCCUUUCUUGCCAGAUGCCCGGUGGGCUAUCUCAAUGCGAAAGAACAUUCCAGGCUUCCCAAGUGACACGGGCACUUCGGACCAGGAGCAAAAACAAACAAAGUGACUCCUUGUUUCUUGGACUAGAAAUGUUUCUAAAUUUUUUAAAGGCCCUUGAUAAAAAAACGCCAAGUUAGUGGGCUAGAAGCUGGCGACUACACUGCAUAGUCACUUUGAACAUUCCCCUGAAAAAUGUGGCCAUUGUUGCAGGAAGGAAGUGGUGUGCGAGAUUUCGUGAGGUGUCUGCGAUGCAGCAGGCUUUGGUCUGACCAUAAAACUCGCUUCCACAUUCACAGUUGAGCAUCAUUGGGUUGUGAGAUGAAAUCUACUGUCCUAAGUUGCCAUACAUACCCUGACUGCGCUUUAGAAACAAAAUCAAACAUUUAAGGAAUAAAGUCUGCUGUCUAACAGAAGAACUUAUCUGGCUUUGAAAUAUGUACAUUCAUUAACAAUAAAUGUUUAUUUUGUAGCAUCCGGAUUUCAUUCAAGCUUUGGAUGUGGAUGAAUAUUGCUAAUUGAAAAAAUAUAUACGACCUCGAGCAUAACUGAGAAGAAAAGGUGUUUGCCAAGAAUACUGACAAUAAAAAGCGCUUCAUUUUAUCCACAAGCACUCUCCAUAGCAGCCUACGACCACACCCUUAAUGUUGUUAUAUUGAUUUCGCUGGUAACGGAACACGUUUUUUGUAGCAAAGGAUGACUCCGGUAGGUCGUCUCGUGCCAGAUCUGGGUGGAUUUCCUAACAAAAGACACACCCGUUUGGGGGCGGAAUAAGACUUCCAACUCCUCUUGAAAACAUUCCUUUUCGGCUUAGACUCACCCGAUUUUUAAAAAUAAGCGACAGUUUGGUCGUCGUGAACGACAGCGUCCACCAUGUACGUCACAGAGGGCUCUCAGGACUAUGGAUCGCGCGCGAAUUUGGUUUAUAGUGAGACAAACUUGCGUCGCAUCUACACACACACACACGACAGUUCGACCGUCGUUGCCGACGAUGUCCACCGUGUGCUCCAGUGAAAGGUGGGAGCAGGGACGGUGACUUGUGAGUGAAUUGGUUUAUAGUGAUAGUAGAUUUUCACAGCAUCUACCGCACUCUCUCCUCCCCUCCCCUGGACCCGGUAUCAAAACAAAGUCAAGAAGACCGGAGGCGGGAAAAUGCGCAGAGGGAUAGCACGGUCGAGCCCGCACCUCGGCGUUCCACUCCACAACCCCUGGACCACACAGCAGGCGACCAGGUUUUUAAUCAACAACAACAAGGCGGGGUGGCAGGGGGCCCAAUGUGUGCGGCAUAUGCCGACAAUCGGCUCUGCUACCGCACCCUGAAAUGUUGGUAUUUGUUAUGGGGCGCAAAUCCGAUAACGCCUCCUAGAAUCCAAUAAGGCCACCGUGUUGGUCCAGCGUAUCUACCACAUGGCCCUUUUGGGGGGCAAACGCACACUUUUUUCUCCCUCACCCAUCUGGUUCCGAUGGCAAGAUAGUGCCAAGACCACCUGAGGCCGGCUCGGGAGCAGCGGCUAACGAGUACAGACAGCUCGUCUGCGCGUGUCACAGAUGACCUAGGUCCCACGGCAUGUAGCAGGCCUUCACGAGAGCCGAUCGGAUCUAAUUUCUGUGGGGGCACCCUCGAGGUCACACUAAGGAGGAUCCACUUAGCCUGACUCUCGGCCCUUCUCAGUACCGAAUAACCUACAAGUUGGUAACCUGCAAAGCCAUGACCCUGUGCGUGGCUUGAUAAACCUAAUCUCGUCAGCCUUAUUACAGUAAACAGUGCGUUGAUUUGUCGUGGGGAUGGAGCUCCCAGCGUCGGCCUCACUCUCUCGUCUCUCUGCCAUAAUUAAGUGCGGUAUCUUAGCUCUACAACUAACUGUGAUUCAGUUGGGCGUAGUGACUGACGUGAAGGCCUACAUCUGGGUGUGCCAAUACACGCCCAUGUACGGCAGUAGUUAUGGUCUGGCACGGCUUCUGCUCAGCAUGGUACAUGUGGGCCAGUCUGCCCUCCGCUGUGUUCCAGGGUAUCAGUAGCGCGACCCAUUGUUGAGUGCACUCAUAUAUAUGUAUGGAAAAUGGUCAUUUAUUUUUUAGCUUUUAUUUAUUUAUUUGCAUUUUAUAUAUUCUGGCACACCCAUAAAUUCGAAUAUAUUUUACAGAAAACACUCACCAAAAAUUCUCUUAUGUGCUCAAUUUAUAGAAAAUUACGUUUUUUCAAAUUCUUUUAUUCAGAUAAAAUGUUUCUCUCUUUUCCAAAGGUCUUUAGUUAUGAGCUUCUUUAAGACAGUGCAAUACCCAUUGUAAUAGCAUUGUUUCUGUCCGUUUAUUUAUGCUUCUCAUAGCGUGGUCCACACGCAUUGUAGAAUUGCGUGAACUCUAUUUGGAUUGUUCUCAGUGACAUAGUAGAAUGUAUGAUUUUGUCUACACGUAAAGUAUGCAGGUCAUAGACUAAAAAGAUUAGGCGCAAAUCUAACGGCAGGUCGGGUUUAAAACUUUUUCGGGAAUCAAAAACAUUUUUUAAACUGGAAAACACCCUUUGUUUGAGUAUAAUAUUUGAACAAGCAAGGUUUUUCUGCGAAGAUUUUGUGCAUGUUUCCUAUAAAACAUAUUUAAAUUUAUGAGGGCACGAAAAAUCAAUAAAAAUGCAUAAUACUUAAGCAGUCAUUUUUACCGAGUGCCGUUUUAGCAGGCUAUCGAGACGAAGUGCAUUCAGGCGCUUUUGGAAUAUCAUAGGACGAUGCAGCAUGAUAAUUAAUAUCACAACCCAGCCUAGGUAUUUUUUUAUAGUCAAAAACGCAUUUCAGGAUCUUAGUUAACACCUCAUGAGAUUGGCCACUGAUUGCGGGAACAGCGAUCACGCAACUCUGAUGACGGAAGCGAGGAAUGUUGGAAAGUCAGUCGGUGAACUAGCCCUCCCUUCAUCUUCUUCUGCUUUUUUGGAAAAGGAUGAACACGAUAUAUACAGACAUGUGCGGUGAAAAGUUACCUACAAAGAUAAAGGAGACUGGAAGGGCCAUUUCUGAAAUACUAGCCGUCGUCAGCCAGCCACGCUUAUCUUUCAAGUUUGCAACCCCUUGGGACUCGAACCCACGCUCUGUUGGCCGGCAGUCCACAGCUCUAACCACUGGGCCACAGGCUCUUUGUCCUGUCGGUUGCGGUCGGUCAUUCCAUGAACUUGUGUUUGUCGGUAAUCCUUCCCUGCGUAUAUCACUAGUCGGUGUGCGACUGCCUAUGGGACUCUAGAGCGACCCCCUAAGCACAACGGGGCGAGUAUGUCCUGUAACGCGAUCGGUACUCGCCUUCCACUUCAGUUAUACGUGUAUUUGUGUAGAGCGAGGGGCUGCCUCCCAUUCGUUUCUUUUAAAAAUAGAAAUUUCCCACGAGCCUUCUAUCUUCUCCAUAGAAAUUUAUCUCCAUCUAAAUGAUGUGUUGUGUAAUAUAACAGUUUGACUGUCGAUCCCGACGAUGUCCACCGUUUGUCACACAGUAAGAUGCAGCAGGCACGUUGACUUGCGCGUGAAUUAGUUUAUGGUGAUAGUGGACUUUCACAGCACCUACCACACUCUCUUACAUACUCGUUGUAUGUAAUAGAGUCCUGAGCAAGGCUGGAUGAGGAUGCUUUAUGAACUUAUAAUGGCGUCCCCUCUGUCAAAAGGGCGUGGAAUCCGGUUCUUGGCACGUGCGGACACAACAGUUUUGACGAAAUUGUAGCUUUUAUUUUUCCGACCAGAAAAAUUGCUCUGCGCAACUUCAUGGAGCAAACCUCGCUGGAAAUCUGGCCUAAGAAGCAGAAAUACAUUUGUUUGUUUGGUCCUUUUUACUUUAUAUGUGUGCAUCAAUGGUCUAUCAAUUACUGUUUGCAAAUUAUUGUUUUGUUUCUCCUCAGUGGUCUUGGUAGCAAGGCGUGUUUUUCGCACUUCUGUAAGGUAGACAGGCACACGUAGGGCGUGAAUCUGAACUGUCACUCCCGUGGGUUUGUCUGGGUUGCGUUCCUUUACGAUCUGCUUGAAGGCCAGCGCUUGUCGAAGUGAAGUUAUUGCGUCAUUGCAGAUUACAGUCUGGUAGGUGGGGACCAUGGUUGAUGUGGAAUUAUUUUCGUCGUCGGUGAGGGCUGCAUACCCUACGAUCACGUGCAAAGAGGCAGCUGUCUAGCAUGCAUUUUACUCAAAAUACUGCUCCCCGAGAACACAGAUGCUUAAACCUCGGCAGUAAUGCUCUUUUGGCAGAAUCAGUCGUAAACCCUUAUGCAACAUCUUGCAUAUAAAAAGCAAAAUUUUCUGGGCUAAAUAUUUUCCUUUAUUUGCGACUGCUCGUGGCAUAAGCAUCGAACGCAGUUGCGGAAGUAUGCGUAUGCAUCUCACACGUCCUGAAGUACUAAAGUGCUCGUUGUGGGCGUUUGAUAUUGACGUCCUAAAUUUACGUCAAAAAGGUGUUCGGUGGUUUGACAAAGUUAUUAAUGUUUUUCGCCAAAAGCCGGGUUCGUUCCCCGCAAAGUCCGCAAAUAAUAUCCAUUCAAACAGACCACGCAAAGAAAUUGGGAACUUUUACUGAUUUUCCUUGCAAAAGUCCUUGCGGUCGCUGCAUCUGUCUGGGGUUCCUCUCUAUAUUAGUAGCAUUUAAUCCGUUUUGCCAUCCUAGCCCGCCUCGUGUAAAAUCUGUAUGCCUUAUAAAUUUGCCUUGAAACAUGAAUAUAUGCGAACCUUUGCGUGCGGGCGCUAACGAUACUUGUCAUAAGAAAUGCACUUUCUUACGAUAUUGUUUGGAUUCCAGCCCUCUUUGAGGCUGACUGACGUGUUAGCGGUUGAAAGUCUAAAAGUUUUCCCUCCUUUUUGAAUUUAAUUUUAGUGGUUUGAUCACAGCCACCGGUCACCCCUUCAUCUGGCAGCUGGUGCCGGCUCGAUUGUCGUGUGUCGUCUCUUGUUGGACGGCGGGGCCAAUCCAAACGUUGUGGACAAACGUGGAUACACCCCCCUCUCUUACGCCAUCCGUAGCAACAACUCCACGCCAGCACUUAUUGAGUUGAUUCGCCAGUACGGUGGAAGACUACCAGCUUUCACGUCUGCUAAGGCGAAAGAAGCAAACGACGCGGCUAGACUCGGUCUCAUCAGACGUCUACGCCUCUACAAGCUGGCUGGGAUGACUCUCGAGGUUGGUCAUUCGUAGAUGUAGUACUACUGUGUGACUUAAAGGCCUAACUGGUUGUGCGCAAAGAGCGAAAUUGGGUUAUUAUUGUGCAUACUUUUUUAUAAAACGACAUGCCAGGAAUUGGAUGCCGAAGGCCGUGCUGCCCUUCACACAGCGGUGGUCUAUCGUCAGUUGAAUACAGUGCGUUACCUUAUUGCACCUGCACGCGGCUCCUCCAGUACAAACCUCUACGAGUCAUCGGAAUUAGAUACGUUUGAAGUAGACGGAGCUGAAGUGGACCCUCAUCAGAUGACAGGAUACGGAACUACAGCCCUUGAAGAGGCAAAAAGGCGAAAUCUGACUGAAAUUAUUCAGAUCCUGGAGGCCUGCCAGUAA